UCCAGUAUAUAUAUUUUAAAAUUGUUUAUGCCUGCAUGAAUCUGGUACAUCCUUAACAGAAGUGUUCCCCCAUAAAGUGGUCUGUGGACUUCUGCCAGUCCAUGGCUUAACUGAUGCCAUAAAAUUUGUAGUUAGUGUUAUGUGUGUUACUACAAUUUGAAAGAUCACUAUUUUAAGACUAAUGACUUUUUUUUCAUUCUUCAUUUCAUUUUAAUGACUAGAUAAUUUGUGUUGAAUAUCGCUGUUUUCUUUUCAUCCCUUCCUUUUGUGGCAUUUAGUAAUGUGACUGACCAAUCGGUAAGGAAAAGGACAAUAAGUCUUGUGGUAAUCUGCUGUAGCUCCCAGAAACAGAGAGAUGGGGAUAGUUUUCAAGAUCAAAAUUCUUGGAAUGCAUGACUGGCAGCCAAGAUUAUUUCAUAUGUCCAAUGCAUAAUUUUAUAAUUUUGAAAGUUUUGUAUCAGUGAUGUGGCAUCACUGUCAUUUUAAUACUGCAGAGACAUUCACUUUUGUAUUGUGAAUAAAUAUGUUUAAACAUGUCAGUAUAAUUACAUCUGUAGACUGUUACCUCUUUUGGAUUGAGAUCUUCACAGCAGGGACUAUGAAGAGUUCUGUCUUCUGGGAUAUAACACCAUGUAGUCUGAUAGAAGUUUACUUCUACUGGAUUACAAGGCAUCACAUCCCAGUACUCUGUAACCUGUCUCAACUUAAUUAGGAAGAUUCCAAAUUUUCAGUGAAGACUCGAUUGGUUGGGGCUACUAAAACAUUCCAUAAUUUGUUGAAAACUUACUACAAUCACAAUAAACUAUUAUACCCAGUUCUACUUGUGAUCAAGUGUUUGGCCAGAAGCUCUUCCACAACAUCAGUUUUGGUUAGAGAUGGAAUAGUAGCUACUAUGGAGAAGAUCAUUGUCAGCAAUGGGUUCACUCCUAAUUCCAAGCUCAGAUUAUCAUUAAAUGUGAUCAACUAUCUCACCAAAAACAGACUCUGCUGUGUUCGAACAGUAAAGAGUGGAUUGCUGGUGGUCUUGUUACGAAUAUUUGAACGCUGGGAACGCUAUGAAGGAAAAAUAUGUCUGAAGAUUUGCAGCUAUAUUCUUACCACACUACAACACCUUUGUUCUACAAAAAUUGGCCGUAAAAAUGUUUGUACACUUAAUGGUAUGAACUUACUUCAUAAAUUCAGUAUACACUGCCCAGAAGACAAAAGUUAUGAUUCACUCCUUGCCCGUGUGUGCUAUAUCAUUAACAUAUGUCUGGAUAGGAAGCAGCUACCUGUACAGACUAUAUCAAGUCCAGCAACUUUCACCUUGCCAACCCUAAAGGAAGUCUACAGUUGUAGUGAAAUGGCUAUUACAGGAAAACAUGCUGCUUCAUCUCAUGAGGCAAGCCCAGGAUCUGAUGAAGAUAGCUAUGAAGAUUUCAUGCAAGACAAAAAUGUUAAUAGUGAUGAUGAUGAUGAUGAAGAAGUAGAAGAGGAAGAAGAAAAAGCAGAAGAGAGCAAUGAUGAUGAUUAUUUUUAUGAAGAAAAGAGUAAGAAUAAAACCUGUAAUCUAGGUCUUCCAAUUCAACGAGGCGUAGAAGAUAUUACUGGGUAUUCACAUUAUUUCCAAGAAUUUGGAAAUCUUAUAGACGAGAACAGCAAAAAUAUGUUACAGAAAUCCUGUGUACCUAUGGAUAAUAGUCUGCAAUCCUAUGGAAGUUUUCAGUUCAAACAGAAGAAUUGCCAUGAGAAAAUUAAUAGUGAUGUCACAUGUAAUCAGUUCUUCCUGUAUAAAACUCCUUCCUUGACUGAUGAUGCACAUGAAAGAAAGUCAAUGAAGAACUAUGACAGUUCAUUCAUUGAUAACAGUGUGUCCUGUAAUAAAAGGAGCAAGGAAAAUCAGAAUACAAUGAACCCUAUCAGUUCUGUUUUGUCAACACUGGGGCCUCAUAAGAAUGGAGUUGCAAUGGAGCCAAUUUCAAAGAGAAACAGCAUUCCUAAUCAUGUGAUGGUGAAAGGCUUGGAUGUAAUUGCUGACAUUUCCAAAGACUCUGACUUUCAUAGCGUUUAUGUCAAGAUAGCAACACGUGUGAACAGUGUCAUACCAUUCGUUAAGAUGGCUUACCCAGACAUGAUGGGUGGCAACAGCUCCAAUACCCUUGAACCACUGAAUGUUAAAGACCGUAGAGUCUGCAGAGCUAAACUUCUGGCUUGUGUAGAGCGAGGAAUUGCCGAGUUUGAGGGUGCAAACAAAGAGGUGUAUGACCUGGAUGCUCUUAUCACAGAACUUCCUGCACAAAAGCAAAGUAGCAAUACAGAUAGGUUGCUCUUUAAUUCAGACGAGGUUCAUCUAGGCCAGAAAGUCACAACUAAGACUCACCUAUGUUUUGAGUCACGUUUUGAAAGCGGAAACCUUCGGAAAGCCUUCCAGAUUUCUUCUAAAGAGUAUGACCUGAUCCUCAUGCCAGAUGUCAACUCCACUCGCCAUCAUCAGUGGUUUUAUUUUGAAGUUAGCAACAUGGAAGCUAAUGUUCCGUAUGUCUUCAAUAUUGUCAACUGUGAGAAGCAGAAUAGCCAAUUCAACUAUGGUAUGAAACCAAUCAUGUAUUCUGUCCGUGAGGCUAUUUUGGGGCGUCCAGGAUGGGUUCGUGUGGGUACUGACAUCUGCUACUACCGGAACUGCUAUCAGAACCCAUCAUCACGCAAACCACGUUCAUACCUUACAACAACAUUCAAAAUUACUUUCCCACAUUCAUAUGAUGUCUGCUACAUUGCGUAUCACUAUCCAUACACAUAUUCACAGCUGCUGGCUCACAUAUGGAAAUGGUCUCAAACUGUGGAUCCUGCUUCCAUUUAUUUCCGUGCAGAAUCUGUUUGCUUGUCUUUGAACAAAAAUGAAACUCCACUGAUCACUAUUACGGCACCGGAAUCAGAUACCAAUCCAAUUGUGAUGAGGGAAAUUAUUUUCCUCACUGCUCGAGUGCACCCAGGUGAGAGCAACUCCUCGUGGGUGAUGCAUGGAACACUUGAGAAACUGCUAAGCAGUUCUUCAGCAGCUGUUAGUCUGCGCAGUAAGUUUGUGUUCAAGAUAGUCCCAAUGCUCAACAUGGAGGGAGUUAUAAAUGGCUGCCACCGCUGUGGACUGACAGAUGAGGAUCUCAAUCGACGUUGGAGUAACCCAAACCAGCAUCUGCACCCUGUUAUUUAUCAUACUAAAGGUCUACUUGAAUACUGUGUAUAUGUUCUAAAGAAGCCACCAUAUGUGUUCUGUGAUUAUCAUGGACAUUCACGCCAUAAGAAUGUGUUCUUAUAUGGAUGUUCAAAUUCUGAUAGUUGGUGUGAAACUGAUCGUUCAGUGCCUGAUAAUCCUGCAGAUUACCUUCUUCUUCCUCAGCUGAUGCAGCAUUUCUCCCCAGCAUUUGCUCUGCAACUCUGCAGCUUCAGCAUUGAACGUGGACGGGAGUCAACAGCUCGAGUUACCCUGUGGCGCGAAUUUGGUAUCAAAAGGAGUUAUACAAUGGAGAGCAGCUACUGUGGCUUUGAUCAGGGACUGUAUGAGGGACACCAUGUGGACAUAAUACGCUUGAAGGAAAUUGGAGAACAUUUCUGUGAUGCACUCGCCUGUCUGCACAAUGAGCCCUACUGGAGAACAGAUGUCAUUCCAUUCAGUGCAGGAUCAUUAAGGCUUGAUCUCCAAGGAGGACUUCCACAAUCUGUCCUUGAAGUCAGUGAGUCAGAGCGAAGUGACUGCAGUGAAUGCGAAGAACACUGUUGAUGUGUAUGGAGAGAUGGUUACAUGAAUUCAUGUAUGUUGCUGCACUGAGAACUGAGACAAUUUCAGUAUUUUCAGUAGAGUGAUACCAAUAAACAUUUAUGUUUCAAAUACAGAGCUUUAUUUCAUAAUAUUAUAAAAUAGUAAAAAGUCACUAACAUGUACAUUUCUAAUAUUCAUGAAAUCUCCAUGUUACAGUUUCAGUAAUACCAGAAUAUUUGAAAGGUUUAUUAGUAAUUACUACAAUAAUAGUAUUAAACAAACGGAAGUGAAUUGUGCAAUUGUAUUUAAAGAUAUAUGCUAUAUAUAUAUAUGUAUAAAUAAAAUGAAUUAUUCUUACAGUAAGCAAAGCUUUUCAUAUCCAACAACCUUUAUGUUAACAUAAGUUUGUAAGUUGAGAAUAAAUCAUAUAGAGUAAUGGAUUUAUAGGCAAAGACUCUCAUAUAAUGCUGUCAGAAGAGAGACUGAAGGAAUACAUUGAAGGACAUUGCCAUCCUUUCACUUGCUGCUUAGGGUAGUGUGACUUCCUUCCAUUUCCUUCCCUCUUUCUUUUAUGCAACUUUUAUGCAGGCAUUUACCCUGAGUUCUUGAACAGCAUGCAUGUCAGUUGCAUGGUUAGUUCACACAUUUAAGAGAGAGGAGGAAAGAUCAGCAAAAGUGUGCAAGAAGAAUGAAGGUAUUAGGAGGAAUGAGAAACACUUUAUUUGAUGGCAGAAAGAACAUCACUUUUUAUUUAAAUAGUAACAAGUAGUGGCUUGAGACAGGGGUAAUACAAUUUUUAUUUUUUGACUGUAAAUGUAUAAUAACCAAUCAUAUUAGAGCUUAGCUUCAGUCACUAUGAAACUACAGUGGGUGACAGUCAUUUGUUGAUCAAGUGCACUGUUGCAUGUUUCACUUGCAAUUUUUGUUCCACUGGUAUAGUGUUCCUGGGUGUACUCUUGCAUGUAGUCGGGCCACUUUAGCUUGCGCCCAUGCAUAUUGCUGCACAACACCUUUCUGCUGGUACUGGUACAUACUUUAUCACAUGCAGGCAGUGCCAGGUAUCAUCAGGACUGUAAUAGGUAGCACAUCAGCCUAUUAUUCAGAAUAUCCUGAAUUUGUUCCCAGCCAUCACCUCUAACUUUACAACAGCUCCAUCCAACAUAAAACUUGUGUAGUGAUUGAAUAAUACCAUACCUGUAUGGAAUCAUGUGUGCAAUGUAAUGGUGUAAUUAUGAAUUUACUUGGCAGUGCUUUGUAAAUGGAAUAUGAACCUGUGUCAUUAAACUGAAGGUAGUUAAAUUCAU